GUUAAACGGAGCGGCAGAGCAGACGGACGCUUUCACCGUGCGUCGAAACAAAUAAAUCAAAACAGAAAAGAGAAGAAGAGGAAGAGCAGAGGAAACUUGACGAGUCUUUCUUGUUUGAGGUCAAAGUUCAACAGUCAUUAUGGCAGAUGAAGCGGACAUGCGCAAUGAGCUGGCUGACCUGCAGACGCGCGCAGACCAGAUAGCUGAUGAGUCCCUGGAGAGCACUCGGCGUAUGCUGGCUCUGGUCGAGGAGAGUAAAGAUGCUGGCAUCAGGACUCUGGUCAUGCUGGAUGAGCAGGGAGAACAACUUGAUCGUGUGGAAGAGGGCAUGAACAAGGUGAACGCAGACCUGAAGGAGGCCGAGAAAGAUUUAAAAGAUUUAGGACAGUGCUGUGGUCUGAUAUGCCCAUGUAUUAAAAAGAUUAAGGGCGGGGGCCAGGCCUGGGGAGGGAACCAGGACGGAGUGGUGAACAGCCAGCCAGGGGCUCGAGUGAUGGACGAGCGUGAACAGAUGGCCAUCAGUGGGGGCUUCAUCCGCAGGGUAACAAAUGAUGCCCGAGAGAAUGAGAUGGAUGAGAACCUGGAGCAGGUGGGCGGCAUCAUUGGCAAUCUGCGUCACAUGGCCCUGGACAUGGGCCAGGAGAUUGACACCCAGAACCGCCAGAUUGAUAGGAUCAUGGAGAAGGCUGAUUCCAACAAGACCAGGAUUGACGAGGCCAACCAGCGUGCUACAAAGAUGUUGGGCAGUGGCUAAACUGCAGCGAAAAGUGCUUUGAUUCCUGUUUAACCCCAGACACCCUAAAAAUAACAACACCAACCAAACCCAGCCCAGCUCCCAACACCAAUGGCGCCCACUUCCUUGGCUCAACAGCAGGCGCUGCAAAAUCAUGCUUUUAUUGUGAUACUUGUAGAAGUUUGCACAACAUGCACAUAUCAUACGCCCCCCCCCCCCCCCCCCCCCUUCUCAUUCCUGCCCAUCAUUUACCCUCAGUCCCUUCCCUCCCCUUAUUGUCAGUGUUGUUCUGUGUUGUUGCUCUUUUGAUUUUGUUAAGAAGUAAUAGUUCUGUUACACAACAUCCACUCAAACUCUCUCCACACUGUACAUAGUGCUUCUUAAAUGGCUUCAUUGAUUUAGAUCAUUUGUCCUGUUUUCUUCAUCAUUCUCUUCUUUUUUUUAAGUCUGCGUGUAAGAUAAACUGUAUGUAUACCUUGCUUCAAGAUGUCCUUCCCCCAUAUCAGUAUUCUGGUGUUGUCCAUGUAAGACACACUGUGUAUUCAUCAGUUAAGAUGUCGUGAUGCUACAUGAUAACGCCACAGUGAUUUGCCGUUUAUAUAGUGAACAUGAAAACUUGUAACCAAGGCCACUGUUUAAAUUCUGCAAUUAUGUAAUGUAGAUGUGUGGAGCUGCUCAGAUCUGAAUACCACAGUAGAUCAUGGAUACUCAGCUAAGUGUUUGUAAGUAUUUGAGCCAUCUGGAUGAAAAUAUGAACUUUUUGGUCAUGACUGUUAGCGCACCAGUAUUUUACUAAACUCCAAUGACGGAGCAGUAUUAAAACAAUUCGAUGCCAUAGACUGUAUAGUAUACACCUUUUCCUCAGGGAGCUAAAUCUAACCAUUCAAAAGCAAGGGUUGAAUUUUUAAUUGACCCAUUAUAAUUCAUAAAAACGAUACUUCAUAUUUAUACCACAAGGCUUGGUGUAUGUGUGAAAAAUUGCAUUUGUAUGCGGUCUGAACAGCAUUGUUGAUGGGAUUCUGGUUAAACCAUCAGACAAAUAUUGGGCAUUAAUCAUAACAGCUAACAUUGUGAUUAAUAAUGAAAAAGAGGUGGAGCUUUGCUAGAGGCCAUAGUUCAACAGCAACCAAUCCUAUGGAAAAGUUACAGGAAAUUGAACAACCUCUUCACAUACCAGGCCAGACUGCUUUACCCAUGAUUCAACCCUAGCAAUAUCAAGAAGCGCAGUAAGUGUGUUAUGCAUGUCCAUCCACUGCUAGAAGUCACUGAAUAAUUCAUUUAUCCAGGCAAAAAUAUCCUAACAUGGCAACCGCAUGCUACGUAUGUAGGCCACACAGAGGAGAGGCCCAUAUUUAUCUGCAAUAGUGCCACUCUUUUUGUUUCAUGUCUCUUUACCUUUCCAGACUGUGACCAUCACUGUAAAAUAAUUCCUUGGAAAA